CUGCUGGGCUGGCCAAUGCUGACAGUUUUAUCCGACAGUUCCCUGAUGGCUACAGUACCAUUCUGGGGGAGAGAGGAGUUACCGUGUCUGGGGGCCAGAAACAGAGGAUAGCUAUCGCCCGCGCUCUACUGAAAAUCCCAUCCAUCCUCAUACUAGACGAGGCUACCAGGUGUACGAGGCUGCUGGGCUGGCCAAUGCUGACAGUUACCAUUCUGGGGGAGAGAGGAGUUACCGUGUCUGGGGGCCAGAAACAGAGGAUAGCUAUCGCCUGCGCUCUACUGAAAAUCCCAUCCAACCUCAUACUAGACGAGGCUACCAGGUGUACGAGGCUGCUGGGCUGGCCAAUGCUGACAGUUUUAUCCGACAGUUCCCUGAUGGCUACAGUACCAUUCUGGGGGAGAGAGGAGUUACCGUGUCUGGGGGCCAGAAACAGAGGAUAGCUAUCGCCCGCGCUCUACUGAAAAUCCCAUCCAUCCUCAUACUAGA